CGCACCCGGACAGAACCGGCAAAAGGAUUUUUUGUUGACAACGGCUCAGCCCCGGCAAGAACCCGGCUCGAUCCGACUUACCCUCAGGUCUGGUGAAGAGGAAAAAGGAGACGGUGGUUGUGGUCCUGUGGAGAGCUCGGACCUGAACGUUUGACGACGCCCGAAGCAGCUGCUCGCCGGGGGCGGCAUCGUGGAGAAAAACCCCAGCCGGUUGAGGAGGGAGACAUGGAGGCGGCGAAGACCGCGACGGCAAAUGGCAAGAACCGAAAUCACCCUUUCCCAUGGCUGAAUCUGUUGGUGACGGAGCCCUUCUACCUCCUCCACUUCCUCGCUUUCUUCUCCUACUUCGUUGUCCGCAGCUCCGUCUCUCACACUCUCUCAUCGGAUCUAUCCCAUCGUCUCCUCCGUCGGGAGGUGCAAGCGAUCCUUACGUUCUUGGUGCUGGUAUCAGUGAAGAUGGUCAAAGAGGAAACUUGGGAAGCACUCAUUGCUGAUACCCUGUUCUAUGCAAAGGGUUUCCUCUUUGCAGUUGCUUUAGUCAUCGACUAUCAUUUGGCUUUCUGUUAUUUGUUAGGGUUCAUAGUUAUAUAUGUUGUAUGUCAGCAACCACCUUAUGAUGGUUUAGGUGAUUCAAGUCAAUUGACUCCAUUGCAAUUGGAAAGCUUAUUAACUGAAGGAAACACCUCGAGAUUUUGGUUGGUUGAAUUUCGGACUUUGUGCUCUUCAACAUGUAUACGCACGAGUCGUGUUUUUCCUGAGCUCUCCACCAUAUAUUCAAAUAAAAAUAUAUCUUUUGGAAUAGUUGAUAUCGGGCACUUUCCAACUGCUGCAGAGAAGUUUGGAGUAUCUUUGUGGGGUCAGCUUCCAACUUAUAUAUUAUUUGACAAUGCGGUGGAAGUUUCUCGAUUUCCAGAUUUCAAUAGUCCCAUGCCAACUAUUAGCAAGAAACUUCUUUGCCAACAUUUUGAGCUCGAUAGACGACUCAUUGAUUUUAGGCCAUCCAACUUUGGUGUGGAAUCUUCCUUCAUAAAAACUCCUUCAGUUACAAGUGACGAGACAUAACAAGGUCUUUUAUAACCACCAUCAUUGCAAGCAAGGGAAUUAUGAAAGGGAAGCAGACAUCAUCAUCAAGACGCAGGAGAAGUGGGUCACAAGCAAGGAUGAACUCUGGACUGGUUGGAUAGGCGAACCCACUUAAAUUUCAAGACGCCGGAGAAGUGGGUCACAAGCAAGGAUGAACUCUGGACUGGUUGGAGAGGCGAACCCACUUAAAUUUUAAUAUAUAUAUAUAUAUAUAUAUAAAGGACAGUUUGCUCUCUGAACCUGGCAAAUAAAACUAGGAUUUAAGCAUGCUGACUGGAAAGAGCACCAUAUGUUAGAUUUAUGUUGGUGCUCUCUCUUCGGGUCCCUGGAUUCAGGGAACCCAGCUAGUAACUAUAUUUUGUUUCUUACAUAUAGUCUUGGGGUUUUAUUUUUUGGUGAAAAAAUAAACCAUAUUUUAUUUUAUAUGAGGAACACGCCC